AUGAUUGAAACAAGAGUUGUGAUUGUUGGUGAGAUUGUGUCGAUGAACGCACUAGUCAAGAUGAAGUUAAAAUCGAAAGAUGACCCAAGAAGAAUAAACAAAAUAAGAUAUUUAGAGCUUAUGGAUCCUUCAGACGAGAUUGCAAAAAAAUUUCAAUCAUUCUCAUUCUCUACCCCAGAGGAGAGAUUAACACAACAGAUGGGAAGCACACAUGUGGCACCCAAUUCUGUAUUUGAUAAUCCAAAUCUGCUCAAAGAUUACCAGCCUUCUGGUAAGGUACCCCAAGUAUACACUCCAGCUCCAACGGCACUUGAGACAGACGAUUCCUGGGGAGCAGCACCGCCAUGCUACACAGCGAUACUUCAGGGUACAUACUUUGGAUUUUCCUCCUUACCGGGUGGAGAUCACCUCGUCAGCGCAACUAAUAACAGCCACAGCCACAACCACAACAACAACGAUAAUGAUAAUGAUAAUCACAAUAUUUCACCAAUCAAGCCAUCUCAACCUUUUGGUCGAUUUAUUAAUACUCCAGUAAAAUUCACCGAUGCCUCUAAUACGAAUUCAGAUAAACCAGACACCAAAAAGUCGUGA